AAAAAUAUUGCAUCUGGUUCUUGUGAUCAUUGUGGCUUCAGAAUUAUCCAUCGAUUUGUUAUGAAUUCUUUGGCUGAUGCUUUCAUUAAAUGAGAUUUGGCCAUUCCGAAAUGUAAGCUUGAUAUCUUAGCGAACAAAUGGACCURAUUUGAAUGUCCAGUUGAGAUUUCUUUGAGAGAACUUUUCUUGUCAUCGUGUGGGCGUCUUUGCUGUCCGCCAUUAUGAAUCGUCAAAACGGAGUUUCACAGUCUUCGCUAAAAACACCACGACUCGGAGUUGUUCCACAAACAGGACCAAGUAACGCCGAUCUCACCAGUAUAUUUGAGUGUCCUGUGUGCUUUGAUUUUGUCCUGCCGCCAAUUCUYCAGUGUUCUAGUGGUCAUCUUGUUUGUUCAAAUUGUCGACCCAAACUUACUUGUUGUCCGACCUGUCGAGGACCUUUAGGUAGUAUACGUAAUUUAGCCAUGGAAAAGGUCGCUAGUACUGUUACUUUUCCCUGUAAGUAUGUUACUAGUGGUUGUGAAGUAACUUUACCACACACUGAAAAAGCAGAACACGAAGAAUCCUGUGAGUUUCGUCCUUAUUCUUGUCCUUGCCCAGGUGCAUCUUGUAAAUGGCAAGGUUCUCUAGACGCUGUUAUGCCUCAUUUAAUGCACACUCAUAAAUCUAUAACUACUUUACAAGGUGAAGAUAUAGUCUUCCUUGCUACUGAUAUCAACCUGCCUGGUGCUGUAGAUUGGGUUAUGAUGCAGUCUUGCUUUGGACAUCAUUUCAUGCUGGUCUUGGAAAAACAAGAAAAAUAUGAAGGACAUCAACAAUUCUAUGCCAUAGUACAGCUGAUUGGCACCAGAAAACAGGCUGAGAGUUUCAUCUAUAGACUUGAGCUUAAUGGCAGUCGCAGGAGGCUGGCAUGGGAAGCAACGCCAAGAAGUAUUCAUGAGGGCAUUGCAUCAGCAAUACUUAAUUCUGAUUGCCUGGUAUUUGAUGCCAAUAUUGCUCAUUUAUUUGCUGACAAUGGGAACUUAGGAAUAAAUGUAACUAUCUCCAUGGUGAGUUAGUCUAGUUUAUUAGUGUUGUUUUUGACCUUUGAAUGGAGAUCAAUAAUUGAUAAUAUUGAAAAAAUAUUAAYAACAAUCAAUAACAUACAGUAAGCCAAGCACAAAUGAGGUUGCCUUUCAAGGACUACAAAUAUAAUCUGGGAUUUUUGGCAUUCAAACUGAAAAAUCUCAUUUUUGUAUUUACACUAACCGAUCUUUUGUUGAUCGCCAUUUCAUUGAAAAAUAACAUAAACUAAUAUAUAAUCAUUGAUGAAAUAUCUAUUUUUCUCAUARUAUUCUCUAAAAAGUGAUACUCUGUAAACUUGGUAGUUGCAAGCUGCACACUGAAAUCUGCUUWUUCGCUGYCAUCAUUCAAAAAUAAUCAGUYGGUACUUUUUAUGUUCUUGACUGAUGGCAAUGAACAACCCAUUUCACAGCAAGCCGUUGGAAUGUCUGAGUUYGCAGAUKAUGGAAACYGCAGUAAAUAGUAAAAAUCCCUAAAAUUGUAUCUCAUCAAUAAUUAUAUAUUGAUUAACAGAAUAUUACAUGGUUGCUUGGAGAUACUGAUUCUAUCUUCUCAUGUUGAGAAWAUCUUACUCGAUCACUGUGMUYACUYCUAAGAUAGCACCUCAACACUCGAAGACAAAAUCCAUAUCUCCUUGCGGCCAUACAAUAUCCUCUAUGUAUUAUCUAAAUUUAGAAAAUCUUUUACAAUUYAUAUAAGAUACUUAUAUCUGAAAAUAUAUGUUAGGUGUAUAAUUUAAUACUUAAAUAUUGUUACUUCAUAUUGUUAAAACUAAGAGUGUUAUAUAUGUACUUUAGAUAAAUUAGAUUAUAAUGUAUGUAUAAAGUGUAUAUAGGAUGAGAAUGCAUAUUAURGCUACAGGGCUUAAAGUAAUGACUGAGGCCAUCAGACAACGUCCAGCUAGAAUUGGAAAUUGUCUGCUCAUURUUUUAAGCCCUCUAGCUCUAUAUGAUACUUUUCUAUGAGUUGGGGGAUAUCACAUAAAGACAAAGGAAGUGUCCCUACCCCUCCCCCACUAUUAGGAUUAUGUGGURUGCAGCCAAAAAUAGCACAGAAAACUUUACCCUUUCUGACUUUAUUUCUCAGAAAUAUUUCCUAAUAUUUUGAUUGAAUAAAAACACUAGCUUAUCUGACUAUAUAUCUGACAGACCAAAUGCAAGGGACAUGAAAAGAUUAUUUUGUUAGAUUUUGUAAUUUGUAAACCCUUACUAAGGAUGGAUUUUUCGUUUUGGACAAAAGCCUUCAAAAAUAAGCAAAAAACUUGGCUUGCUAUUUCAGAAAGCCAAUUUUGUAAAAUGCAUAAACUAGUUMUUUGAAAUAAUUUCUUGUUUCGCAUGCAGGAUAAACAAUGGAAUUGUCUUGUUAAUGACAAAAUGUGUGACAGAAAUGCUUUAGUUUUAUAUAUUUAUAUACAGUUUUGUGGUCGACUUUGGCUUGAUAUUUUAAAGCUAGCUUAUGAGGAGGUUUAUAAUGGAUUGAUGACAGCCUUUAGUUUAAUACUGUACUUGAUGUAGAAAAUGUUUUAUAAGACCAUAAGAAAUAUGCAUGGCCAAAAAAAUGACAAGCUUAUCCAGGGUUCUUGAGAGAGAUKUUGUAUGGAUGUUCAAGCCAACAAUGCAUUCUAAGCCUUUCUUUAGGAGACAAAAUAUUUGAUAACAAAUGCCUUGCUUAUUAUGAGAAUGUCAGGCUUUAAAUAUAUCCAUAUAUGAUUGAAACAUUGAUGGAAAGGUUAAUGUGUUAUUUGUUUAAUCCUGGAUUAGCAGUAAUCUGUCUUUGACCAACCCAGCRCAAGAAUCCUAUCUAAUGUCUUAUUGAAUUUGUAAGUGGACAUAAGACAAGGACAWGUAUAGGAGGGAAUAGUCCAGAGCUGGACCCAUCUUAUGGAUGUGCGUGUGGCAAGGACAAAACAUGAAGCACAAAGAGACUAGCAGGAAUUGUUUUCUUUUUGUGUGCAUGCGCAGCAAUUUCUAUUAUUUUUGACAUAUGAAUUUAGUUAGUGAGAAGAGUGGCUCCAGUUCUGGACUAGAGGGCAUUAGUUAAUCCAUCAGAUAAACAUCUAAAGUCCUUUACUUCCUCUUAGCUUCAACUUGGUUUACUAAUAGCUCUUACAUGGGCUGCUGAACAUAAUAUGAUACAUAUCAUAAUGUACAAUAUCAUGAUGUACUAUGUGCAUUUUUUGACAGUUGUUUAAAAUUUACAGCGCCAGAAAGGAAAUCUGUUAAUGAAUAUGAUACAGUAUUCAUGAAUUAAGAUACUAACAAAGAUAAGAGUUUAAAAAUAUCACAUGAAUGAGUUGAGUAAAAAACUGAUAAGUAAACAUAGAGUGUACGAAAAAAAUGUAUCGACAGAAUGUAUGAUCCUCAUGAUUAUCAGAAAGCAAGAUUUCACUUAUGRUUGUCAACAUCUUGAGCAUAAAUCUCUUUUAAAUGACGAUGUGGAUUAGUAUGUAUAAUGCAAAUUCUUUKCAUGGCAAGAUUCUCAGCUAAUGAACAUUCUGCAUGACACAGAAUAUGAUUUCCUUUUUUCAGUGAGAAAGUCAAGAGUGGUAGUAUUUUUUUGUUUUAAUAUUUUUCCUAUUAUUUUUUUACUACAGUGUUAUGUAUGAAUUAGUUUGCCAAACACUUUUGAUUUUAAACCAGAUAGCCUUAAAUUAUUAACCAAACAUCCAUACUAAAACAUCACAUAGAGUAAWAAUUGCUUUUUUAAAAAAAAGGAUAAAUAAUUGAAAUAAAAAAGAUGCAAAUAACCAUUAGGUAUAAGGAGUAAAUGAAUCGAGUUAACUGUUGGUUUAUGGAUUUUCUCCUCAGAAAAGCAUUUUGUAUAAAAAAAUGAUGAAAAUAUAAACAUAUUUAUACCAUUCAUACAGAAUAUAUAUUUACAAAUUAACUUCAUAAUCAUAAAAAGUUUGGCAUUUGAAAAUAGAUCAUUCAAAUGUCUAAUUUAAUAGUCAUGUGCAAUUUAAUUUAAAUGUAGUACAGUUAUAUUUUCUUAUUAUGCCCUAAUAACAAGCAUGUUUUACAUGCAUUUUAAAGCAUCAUCAACUAAAUUGACUCUUGAUUUUGACUCACAUUGGUUUGAAUUUGUCUGCAAUGCUUKGGUGUAAUGCUUUUCCUUAUUUCAGACCACGUCAUACCCUUGAGAAUAUGAUUCUUUGAGUAGCAUCCAUUAUGAUUAUUCAUGUUGCGCAGCAGUUAAAAAAAAGAAAAGUYGAUACUCUUGGGAAUGACRUGGCCUGAAAUGGGCAAAACAUUACACCGAAGCUAAAGAGGUCAAUUUAGGCUACUUGAAUCCCAGCCUGUACUGGAUACAAAUUAAUUCAUGGUUGAGUGGCUCAGGAGAAUUGUAAGGCGAUUCAAAGUCCCCUUCCAUUGAAUUUGUAUAUUAAUUUUCCAUCCCUCUUAAUCAUAAAUUUCUGGUUUAGUUGCCUUUUAUGUUGUUAUAUCACUCCCUUAAAACAACUAUUGAGCUCUCGAUCCCUAAUAAAAAAUAUGGUCUUUUGGAAUAAAGUCUAUCUUUUUUACUAGCAGUUGUUUUCAACAAUAUAACAUGUACAUGGAAUCUUGCAAUGUCAUUGCUACAAAAUAUAGGGUUUUGGUGGASGACAUUGAAUCAAUAUUAGUGCUAAUUCUCAUGACAUUGUUAGAUUAACAUGCACAUAACGUUUUCAAGGGCAUGUAUGUGCAUAUAGAUGUAUGAAAUGUCAUGAAAACACCUUGAUGGAUGCCCACAAUGACCCUGCCUUUCCCUGUCAAGGAUUUGGCAUUUAAAAAAUGUAACUAAAAUGCACCUACUUUAAUCUAUUGAUGCAUAUUGUGAUCUUGUAAUGAUACGAUGUUCUGGGGUAGUUGAGAAAUAUUUAGCAAACUUUUUUAAAUAAAAUUAAGUUUUGUAAUAAAAAUUAUGUUAUAUAAGGCUAUAUAAUUAUUUGAUGUCAACUUUUUGCAGUAGUGUAGCACAAAGAGCAGGCAUCAAAACACAUUUCUGACAGGCUCAGCCCCCAACUCGUAUGUUUGAUGUCUAAAAUAUCAACAUAAAAGRCAGUYUCACUUGAAAUCAAUGAAAGUUGACAUUUUAGCUGACAAACAKRAGUUUCARGAGCCAGWUGGAGMAUGUUUUGAUGUCUGGUGUUCAUGCCUWGAUGCAAAUGAUGGUAUCCAGUGAACUUCAAUAAAAAGGCYUAUUAGAAGACACUAA